GGGAACAGCCAUGGAGGGAGACUGUCUCAGCUGUAUCAAGUACCUCAUGUUCAUCUUCAACUUCCUCAUUUUUUUAGGAGGCUCCUUCCUGCUUGGUGUGGGUGUGUGGGUACUGGUGGACCCUAUGGGCUUCAGGGAGAUCGUAGCAGCCAACCCUCUGCUCUUCACUGGGGUCUACAUCAUCCUGGCCAUGGGGGCAAUGCUCUUCGUCCUGGGAUUCCUGGGCUGCUGCGGAGCCAUCCGGGAGAACAAGUGUCUGCUGCUCUUU